UAUUCUGUAAACAAUCCGAUAAAUUUUAAAGCCCUCUAAAAUUUGCCAGUUUUAACGGUUUCUUGCAUUCUGUAACUUCGAUUUUUAACAGGUCCGAUAAAAUUAUAAAUUUAACGGGUGCCGUUAAAUCUUUUACGUUUUAUGGAAUAUUACACUCCCUUUACAAAAAAGAAGAAAGAGUUAACCUUAAAUUUAGCAGUCGACCUGUCAAUAAUUUGUUCCUGUUACUUUAAUUUGUUUUUGUGUGUUUAUUUUUCGAACGUAAAAAUGGAAUUAGAAGGUAAAAGAGGGUCUCGAAUGACUAAAGGCCAAAAAGAACAUCUGGUAACAUUUGUGGAAAAUCACAGGUUGUUACUGCAGCCAAGAUUAAAACCAAGUGAAAUAAGAUUGGUAAAAGACGAUUGGUUGGAGUUAAGCAAACAAUUAAAUAGUUUAGGUGGAUCGCAGAAAAGCGUUUCCCAAUGGAAAGAAACCUUUAAUGAUUUCAAAACUACUGUAAGAAGGAAAGCAAGGCAAUUGCAUAUUGAGGCUGUUGGAACUGGUGGUGGACCCAAAACAUUAAAAAAUUUGACCCCUCUUGAAGAAAGGGUUUUAGCAUUAAUAUCCAAAACUUCAAUUAUAGGAGUUGACGUUCCAGAAGUUGGUAUCUUGAUGCCCGAAGAAAACGAUGAAACUAAUAGAGAUAAUGUUCCCAGUUGUUCAUGGGACCAUGAAAUAGAGCAGCCCAAAAUUGAUCAAAAUAUAGAAAUUAUUGAGAUCCCAAGUUGUUCAUGGAACUUUGACAUGGAAAAGCCUAAAAAUACUCCCAAACGUAAAUCAGAAAGGAAAAGAGAUGUUUCUCUGAAGAAUGUGGCAAGAUCACAUGAACAGUGUUUAACAAAAUUAGAACAAUCAAACAAUAAUUUGGCCAGUGCCUUGUUAAAAUUGGUGUCAGUCAAGAAGAGAUCAAAGAGUGCAGUGUUUUCUUUGACAUUUUAAUGUUUAUAAUAUAUGUUUUUUAUUUUGUAAUAAUAAUACCUAAUUCUAAUAAAAAUUUUGUUAGAAACUUUUUAUACUGAGCAAAUAAAUAUUAAAAUAUA